AUGGGUACUAUAAGAGGAGAUCACUUCCGCUUUGACACGAUCUCGAUACAAAGGGAGGGUGUUGAGCCACCUCAAUAUACGGUAUUUAGGGUGCCAGUGCCCCUGGAGUCCGAAUUGGUCAUGCCAGGCGAAGAGAAGGACAAACAAGAUGUGCAAACUGCAGAAUAUACCUCGACAACUCCUACAAUGCCAUCGCAACAGAAUGCUGUCACCGUGAGACCACCGUUCAGAGAUUUCAUACAACACAACAUGGCAGCAGUGGAAAAUAAAAUGGGCGUACGGAUGAGUCUCAAUCCACAAGGCGGCUCGUUUGUUUUGAUAGCCAGCGGAGGACGUGCACAGGAAGCAAUUAAUGAGAUGCUAAACAUGUGCCGCACGAGCAAAGUCUACAAUUAUUACUUAUGCUUCCCAGUAAGGGGUGCAGAGUUCCACAAUGGAUUCGGUGAACUCAAGCAACAAGUAAAAAAAUGCAUAGGACACAAUGUCGCUUUCGAAAGACGACCGCAUGUAACACUGGCAUUAUUAAACCUGGUCACGGAUGAAGAUGUAAAUGCAAUGGUCAGGGCACUACAGGCUACCACACUGGCGGUAGCACCGCUCUCAUUAGAUGACGACGGGAAACACAAACCGUAUACAAUAGAGCUUAGUGGUGUCAAAUCUAUAAGGUAUAAAGGGAAAGCGUCGAAACGCAGCGUGUUUAUGACAAACGCAACACCGAAUGAAACCUUACAUGAUAUUGCAACUGAAUUUCAGGAUUCAGUGAAACGGACAAUCAACAAAAUCAUUGCCAAAUCGAACGAACAAAUCAAAGUUACUAAGACUAAACCCGGCAAUAAAAAGGACAAUAUCGGGAAAAUGACAGAAAAGGAGGCUGCAGCACACGGGAUAUUCAUCACACACGGAGGAAACAUAGAGGUCACAUACACCGAUAUCGCAUUAGUAGACCCAAAAGCAAUUAUAAGUGACCAGGAGCUCGAUGCUAUACUGGCAGAAUUACACAGCAAAAAUAACGAAUUCACUGAUGAACAGCCGUCGAGGAAAGACAACGUUGGAACUGCCGCAAAGCACAAUAGAAGGGGCAAUAAACAAUCUGAUGAAACCCAGCGGAGCAAUGCUGUACAACAUCCGGAAACCCAAGAGUCGGAUGGAGAUGUGGAGUACAAGGAAGAAGAAGAUGCUACGCAAGAAGACGAAAAUAUAGGAGAUAUGUAUGAUUACGAUCCUUCUGUAACCCAUGAACUACACGUUACACUACUACGGAAUCCAAAUGUAGAACGACUAGAACAUCUCAAAUUCAAAGCGCAAGGUGCUAUCUCGUGCGUGGAAUUGCGACCACGCGGUGAUGAAAACUGCUCAUUCAAAGCGUACACAAAAACGCAACUACUAAGCUUUGUAGGGAACAGAUAUGACGGAAAACCUACGGAUGAACACGGUGUUAACCACAUCAAGGGUUCUGAACAACCAGACCUGCCUCAACACCUUGUCACUGACGUGGGCGCAACAGAAGGGAAUGACCAUGGCACACGUUUUGUGUUCUGGAUUUGA